UCUUUAUUCCAUCCAACUUCUCAUUUUUCAUUUUUUUUGGUACAAAACAACAUAUUUUCGAUAUGUUGAAGAUUUAUUAUGAAAAUACGAAUCAAUUUCCGUUGAGAAACAUAGAAAAAUUAUUGAUCGACAUUGAAAAUAGCUGCUAUGACCUUGUAGUUUUGUUGGAAAUUUCAUGGGAAUCAAAUGUCUCGUAUCUGGGAAAAAGUGUGCUAUCGUAUAUAGCAGAAUUCGCGCAAAGUUUUAUCCACUAUCAAAAUGGCCGAACAUUGAUUUUCAUUCGAAAAUCCAUCAAUUCAAAUCAAAUUGAAACGAGCAUUCCGGACACAAUUGCUCUAGCAAUUCAAUCAAAAACGAAAAACUCUUGGAUGAUCGUUGCUUCAUAUUUUCCGCCACAUAUGGCAAAACAUAAAUCGGCACUCACAGAACCAUUUAAUAAAAUCAAAUUGUUGUUAAACCAGAAUAAGUAUAGAAUUUGGAUCGGGGAUUUUAACAUUGAUAUGAAACAUGAAAAUGGUAUGCCAUAUGAAACAACAAGGAACUCCAGAGUUCAAGCAAAAAUUGCAAAGGAAUAUGUUGAUAUUUUUGCUACAAACGAUUUAAUUGAAUACAAUUUUAAUGAAAAUUGUGCUAAAAAUGUUAUCGAUCACGUUGCUUCAAAUGCGAAUAAUAUUACAGUGCUUAAAUUGGAACAACAACAAAAAUUCGUAAAUUCUCGGUCUGCAGAUAAAUUUCAUGUCAUUUUAGAAUGUAACGUUGAAAUCGAAUAA